AUGUCAACCACCAGCACUAAAUCUUUCCCUCCACUUAAGAACGACUUAUUGCUACGAGCUGCUCGGGGAGAGAAGGUUGAACGCGCCCCCAUUUGGAUUAUGCGACAAGCAGGUCGCUACCUGCCAGAAUUUCAUGAAGUGCGAAAGAAUCACAGCUUCUUCGAGAUCUGCCGAACUCCCGAACUGGCUUGCCAGUUGACCCUCCAACCGAUUGAUCGCUAUGGCACCUUGCUUGACGGCUCUAUUAUCUUCUCCGACAUUCUUGUUAUCCCCCAAGCCCUCGGUCUCGACGUGCAAAUGGUGACUGGACGUGGCCCUGUCUUUACGGAUCCUUUGGAGACACCUAAAGACAUGUCGCGCUUACAGAUGGAUGUGGACGUAGACAAGGAGCUGGGCUACGUGUAUGAAGCGAUUACGUUGACACGCCACAAACUGGAUGGCCGCGUGCCCCUGUUUGGCUUCAUUGGUGCACCAUGGACCUUGAUGGCAUAUAUGAUUGAAGGUGGCGGCAGUAAAACUUUGAGCAAGGCCAAGAGCUGGUUGUGGAAAUACCCAACCGAAUCGCACCAGUUGUUGCAAAAGAUUGCCGAUGUAUCUGUCGAGUUUUUGGUGGGCCAAGUACGAGCAGGCGCACAGUUGCUCCAAGUAUUCGACUCGUGGGCUGGCGAGCUUAGCCCGUAUGAUUUCAAGCAUUAUUCGCUCCCUUAUAUCCGGCAAAUAGCAGCUCAGGUGCGACAACGGUUGGCUGAAGCCAAGCUGCCUGAGGUUCCCAUGGUGAUUUUCGCCAAAGGCGCAUGGUUUGCUCUCGAGGAUCUCACUGACAUCGGCUACGAUGUUGUGUCGUUGGACUGGACCAUCGAUCCUGAAUACGCUCGCAAGGUGACCAAGGACAAGGUCGUGUUGCAAGGAAACAUGGACCCCUCGGUGCUGUACGGUGGCGAAGAAGCAAUUCGCGAAACAGCCACGCGCAUGGUCCAUGCCUUUGGAAAGGAUGGAAAGCACAUUGCCAACUUGGGACAUGGUAUUCUCCCCACCGUUGACCCAGAGGCCCUGAAGGUUUAUUUGGAGACUGUGCAAAAGGUAUCUGCAGAGAUUAGAAAGUAG